AUGACCACGAGGAGCCCAGUAGUGUACAGUGCUAAAUUAAUGUGCAGAUUUAUACACAACGAACGUACACAUCUACGACUCGCUAACUGCCCACAUGCACACAGUAAAAUGGCUGAAGAAACUGCUAAUAAGAAGAGCCAUCGUGAUGAGGAGACGCAAGGACUAGAGAAGGUCUCUGAUUAUGUGGAGGAGUUGGAUGCAGCACCAGAGCUCGGACAUGCCAUGUCGAUGCUCGAGGGUGAUCACAGUAAAAAGAAUGAAGCUAAAUUAAAACGCGAUCAAGAGCUUGCUAAAGUGGUCAUCAAGAAACAAGAAGUAGAGCUUAUUAUGACUGAGUUGGACGUAUCCAAGGCAACAGCUGAGAGGACUCUGAGAGAACACAAAGGAGACAUUAUUAAAGCAUUGCA